ACCAAAGGUGAAUUAGAGGAGCUUGCAAAAAUAAUAUUCCUACCGAGCGUAAACUUAUUGGACGACUUUCCAGAAAAAGAGAAUAGGAUUUUUGAUCCACUUUCACCAGAAUGCUUUACAAAGAAGACCUUAACGUCGUCAAGCAGCAAGUUCGAUUAUUAUAAAAAUACCAACGCAUUGUAUAAGUCACUGGCCACCGAGUCAAGCUUGAGCGCAUCCUUAACCUCUACGUUUACUUUGGGUGCCACUGUAUCAGUGGCAACAAAGAGCAAAAGCUCAGAGAAAAGCGAAGUGAGUGGCAUAUCUUUGAUCAAGCAGGCGUUGGCAGAAAAGAUUUACGUUAAUAAAGAAUGCCUCACAAGUGCCAAAAUGUCCACCCUGAAUAAAGAAUUUAUGGAAUCCUUUAGUGCAUUGCCACUGCAAAUUAAAGAACCCUGGCUCCACAAUUCUUGGAAAGCAUACAGCGCUUUCCUGGAGAAAUACGGCUCUCAUGUCAUAACGUCUAAAGAGACCGGAUCAAGGUUCCAGCAAAUGGUGUUCGCAGAGAGCUCUGAAUCGUAUAGCGAAAGAGAUUUCCAGGUGAGAGCCUGUAUCUCGGCCGCAGGUCCCACAGAUGUUGGGGAGCUUGGUCUUUCGGCUUGUUCUAAUGUGACAAACAGUGAAAUAUCCCAGGCAAGCAAGAUGACUGUUAGCGAGACAAGAUUUGUCAGGGGAGGGCUAAGGGAUACAAAUAGCGCUUUGAAUAAUGGAAAGACGUCGACUGAACUGAUAAACAAACUUAUGAAUGAAGCUGAUGAGGCACCUAAGCCUGUCCAGCAUACUUUGAUGACGAUCUGGAGCAUAUUACAAAGCCGCUUUGAAUCAGGAUCUAAGAAUUACCACCGAGCAACAAACCUCCAGUACUACUACAGUGGAUACUUGGAUUAUGGCUGUCCCUACAGUAAAAGUGGUAAUGUUGAAAUUCAAAAGUUCGACUACAAACAGCCAAUGAAAGAAAAUCCAGAAUUCGUAUGUACUCUCGCUGACGAUGGUUGCCAUAACGAUAACGAUUGUCAUUACGUAAUUGGCGUCAAGUGUGCUUGCAGAGGAAAAACGUGCGUUCGCUACCAUUCGGAAAAACAAACAACAGGUCAAAUCAAACAAAUGGCAUACGUCAAUAACCACAACUGGAUGUGGGAAGGAUGCAAUUGGAAAAAGUUGUGGAUUGAGUGUGGUUGCUACAAUAAAUAUCGCAAUGAACGGAAGGUUGUGUGGUUCCUACCAAUUACGUCCAGAGAUGCUGGUAAACAUAAAGCACCUGGCAAAGGAACCUACGACGAGGCAAAGGAUCCU